UACGAACGGACGUGGUGGGUUCGACAGAUGGUACCCAUCUUCCAGACAUUUGCAAAUCAAACCGGGACUCUUGGUUUUGACGGGUGCGAAGUUGAAACCACUCACCAUGCAUUAGAAGUUAUGGACGACUUCUUUUUGAGAAAGCUUCACCACGAUAUGCUGACGGCCUAGGCUAUGACAUCAACAGCGAUGGAAGGAUCAUCGGGCCAAAACAAAGCGUCUGUGAUGAAGACCAUCGAUGACAGUCUCAUACAACUCGAUUCUCUUAUGGCAACCCUCAAAGGCAUCGCGAACUCCCAUUUGAAUGCAAGCUUUACAACACUCUCUGCAGCUAAAGUAUUUGGCCUUUAAACCAUGAAAACCAACAUCGUUUUAUCGGAGGUUCAGUUCAAUGAAGAAGGUCGUUUCAUAUUAUCGUGAAGUGCGUUCUGCAGAAAUUCCAACAGCAUUUGCUCGAAGGAAUAAAUGGAUCAAGGUCUUUGAAAUCCUUUGUUACCUAUUCAUCGGUUUGAAAGAACAGGAGGAGAUUUACAAGGCCAUGGAAGAGGAGGGGCAGGACGCAAUUGCCGUGAUACCCGAAGAUACCAUCCGUGCCACACUUCGCGAAAACUCUCCCACCCUUUCUUCUUAUCUCUUUAGAACAUCACCAUUAUCACUCCAUGGCGCAGACAAGCGACCCAAAAUAAUAGUUCCCCUUUUAUGAUCAUUGUUGUUUACAUAUAUGAAAAUAUAAUCACAGUAGAGUAGCUCAUGAUCUUUUUUUUUUGUUUAGUAAUCGUACCGUUGCUGGGCAUGUCCGCGAAAAGAAAUUGCCUGCAAAGACUACAUUGUAACGCCUUAUUAUCCUGAGCAAAUUGGUAUGUCGAUGCAUAUGGAUCCUAGCGGAAUCAAAUUUUCAGAAAGUCGGUAUCUGGCGGGCAUUUUAUAAUUUUCAAGAAACGAACAGCCACGAAUUAAACAGAAACUUCCCCACAUUGUUG